ACGGUCCUGAAUCUGUUAGGAAUCAUUAUUUUUUCACUCAACUGCGGAUAUCAAUCCAAAAUCAACAACGUCAAAGUCAAGUUGUCAGAAUGGAUACAAUGAAAGACCAGAUACAACCUAUCGCCAUAGUUGGCUUGAACCUCAAGUUCCCCGGAGACGCUACUUCGGCGGAAUCCUUCUGGGAGAUGCUUGAGAAUGCAAGGAAUGCAUCAAGCAAGGUGCCCUCAACCCGCUUCAACAUCGAUACGUUCUAUCAUCCAGACCCUGCACGUCUCGACAGUAUGCGUGUUCAAAAGGCCCACUUCAUGAAAGAAGAUCCGCGGGCCUUUGAUGCUGCUUUUUUCAACAUGUCGCCAGCAGAAGCAUCCAUCUUAGACCCCCAACAGCGUGGGCUCCUCGAAGGCACAUAUCACACCUUCGAAAAUGCUGGCUUAGCAAUGGAGAGAGUUGCUGGUUCCCGUACCUCAGUUUUCUGCGCCUCUUUCGGCCGUGAUAGUGAUGCCAUAGUGGCCCGAGAUCCAGAGUUCCAAUCCCGGUACCAAGCAACGUCUUCAGGGUCUUCUAUGUUGUCAAACCGCAUCAGUCAUUUCUUUGACCUCCGAGGUCCAUCUUUGACGGUUGACACCGCAUGCUCCAGCGGACUGUACGCCCUUCACCUGGCGUGUCAGAGCAUACUCAACGGGGAGUCCGACAUGAGUCUAGUCUGUGGCUCCAACACCUACCUCACUCCCGAGUGCAUGAGUUUCCCCUUGAGCAACGCCGGCUUUCUAUCUCCGGAUGGCCGAUCUUAUAGCUUUGACCACAAAGCCAACGGUUACGCCCGUGGAGAAGGAUACGCAUUUGUUCUUCUCAAGCCGUUGUCCAAAGCUCUGGCGGACGGAGACAUUAUUCGAUCGGUGAUUCGUGCCACAGGCGCAAAUCAAGACGGGCGGACGCCGAGUAUCACCCAGCCCAGUGCUACCGCUCAGGUAGAGCUCAUUCGGAGAACUUAUUCUGCUGGAGGACUGGACCUUUCCGAGACCGAGUACGUCGAAGCUCACGGAACCGGCACACCAGUCGGUGAUCCAAUCGAGGUCUCCGCGAUUGGAGAGGUUUUCAGACCUCAUAGAUCUAGCCCGCUCUGGAUUGGGUCUGUGAAGAGCAAUAUUGGCCAUCUCGAGGGUGCUAGUGGCCUGGCGGGUUUGCUCAAGACAGUCUUCUCACUCGAGAGAGCCAUUAUACCUCCCAUUGCGGACUUUGAAAAGGUGAACCCAGCAAUCGACGUCGACGCGCUAGGCGUUCAGUUUCCAACGCGCCCUACGGCUUGGCCUGCCACUCCUUCUGGGAUCCGCCGGGCUUCAGUAAGCUCGUUCGGAUAUGGUGGAUCUAAUGCACAUGUCGUCCUGGAUGAUGCUUACAACUAUCUUCGGAUUCGAGGCCUUACUGGAAACCACCUAUCCGUGGCCAAGUCGAAUAACUCUCACAAGCCACGUGUUGCGAACAGCAGCACCUCAGUAAGAACAGCCGAAGAUCAGGCUCCAGACGCCGGCACCCCUGAUUCCAUUUCAGAUGUUUCUGAUGAUAGUGGUGUCAUCAUUAACUAUGAAAGCGAGGCCGAACAUAGCUCCUUCUCGCUUCUCACUUUCUCAGCUGCCGAUGAAGAUGGUCCACGAAGACAGGCCUCAGCGUUACAAGAUCACGUCGCUACCCAGCAAAUUUCGCGGAAGAGAGCACAGAGAGUUUUCCUUGCCGACCUAGCCUACACUCUCUCUCAGAAGAGCAUCCUCAACUGGCGAGCAUUUGCAGUGGUCAAGUCGGAAGCGAACAUCGGCAACAAUCUCACAGAGAUCCUCUCUCCGGUUACGUCGGUCUUGUCAUCGAAGAGGCCAGAGCUCAACUUCGUCUUCACAGGUCAGGGAGCUCAGUAUCCGCGCAUGGGUCUCAAGCUUAUGCGCUACGAAGUAUUCCGGCAGAGUCUGAUGGACUGCGACGAGUAUUUGCGGUCUCUUGGUUGCGAAUGGUCCGUCUUCACAGAGCUUCGGAAGGCCCCGGGAUCGUCCAGAAUUCAGAAGCCUGAAAUUUCACAGCCCCUUUGUACCGCUCUGCAAAUUGCCACUGUCGACCUUCUCCGAACCUGGGAUGUCACCCCGCAAUCUGUAUGCGGCCACUCAUCGGGUGAAAUCGCGGCAGCGUAUUGUGCUGGAGCGCUUGAUCGCCAGUCUAGUUGGAAGGUUGCAUACUUUCGAGGCGUCUUGGCAGGUAGAUUGGCAUCUGAUGGCUCUCGGAGCCAGACGACGAUGAUGUCUGUUGGCCUCGGCGAGGCAGCCGUACGCCCCUACCUUUCAAACAGGCUCUCGGUAGCCUGUAUCAACAGCCCAGCCAAUGUGACGAUUUCAGGGCCGACCAAAGAGAUCCAGGUCCUGUUUGAGAGACUAGAGAAGGAAGAGAUCUUUGUCAAAAGGCUUCCUGUUGAUGUUGGAUAUCACUCUCCGGCUAUGGAAGUCGUCGCAGCCGAAUAUCAAGAUCGAAUCCGUGACAUUGGCGCACCUACUGGGUUAGCCGCCGAGAGGUUGCGCAAGGAGUCUCUGGUAUCUCUCUACUCCUCAACCGAGGGAAAACUCACAUCUUUCGAGGCUGUGACGAGCCCUUCGUAUUGGGUAAAGAACCUUGUCUCUCCAGUUCUCUUCUCGUGUGCUCUCGAAGCCAUGACCGGAUCGAAACAUGGAGGGCCACACUUCCUCGUAGAAAUCGGUCCGCAGUCGGCUCUCAGACGACCUGUGCAAGAUACCUUGACUCCUCACCUCGGCAAUAAGGCCACUAAGAAAUGGCAGUACGUCAGCGUACUGAAGUCCAACGUCGAUGAUGAUCAAUCAUUGAUGGAGGCUCUCGGCAGUCUCUGGGCAGCAGGCAUCCCGGUUUCUUUGUGCAAGCCAAACCAGGAGUCGACUCAAAUAUCGCGGAAACCGAAGAUUCUGGUGGACCUUCCUUCAUACCCCUUUAAUCGGUCUCGGGAGUUCUGGGAGGAGAGCAGGUUGAGUCGCAACUACGCAAAGCGUCCUUACCGUCGGCAUGCUCUUCUAGGCAUCAGAGACCGUGACUGGAAUCCCGAAGAGGGAAGUUGGAGGCAUUUGAUCCGAUUCCAAGAGAACCCCUGGAUUCUGGAUCAUGCCUUGAACGGCUCACCGCUCUACCCCGGCUCGGGUAUGCUUGUCAUGGCCAUCGAAGCCGCCCGUCAACUUGCCACACCAGUCGAAAGUCGCAUCCGUGGCUAUCAGCUAGACAACGUACGCUUUCUGAGAGCCAUUGAUGUCGACGACUCAGAGCGCGGCACAGAAGCAAAAAUUGUGAUGCGGCGCCGUCGACAGGCCACCAAUACAAGCGGACAACAGCUCUGUUACGACUGGCGGGUCUUCGGGACCAGUGGCGACGACUGGAACGAGUGCGCCUAUGGAAGCAUCAAAGUCGAACUCGAACCGGAGCAAGCCUUGGGAUCCGAACAGGCCGCCGCUUCUGAGGCACGUCGGUACCGUUUUGAGACGUCUAUCAAAGAGCAACUUCAGGUAGACGUUGACAAAUGCCGUCUGGUCGUGCACCCCAGCCAAUUGUACAAAAACAUGUCCAAGCGUUCAGGCUUCGAUUACGGACCGUAUUUCCAGUUGCUGAAGAAUAUUUCCUACGACAGGGAGGGUCAUGCUACAGCCACGCUGUCAGCCAGAGAUUACACUUCAAGCAUGCCGUACGCUGGGGAAGACCCGUGCGUGGUUCAUCCGAGCACAUUGGACGCAGUUUGUCACCUUCAGAUGGUUGCCCUAUCUCAAGGUGGAUGGAACGCCGUCCCUACGAUGAUGUUCUCUCAUCUGCGAAAGUUGUGGGUGUCGCAGAAACUGUUCGUGGCGCCUGGGAACCCCCAGCUGCGAGCUGCAACUCAAGAGACUAUGCGCGCUUUCCGAGAAGCUGAGUGCAGGACACUGGUCACCUUUGCCGAUUCCAACGAGCCCGUUCUCGUCCUGGAUGGUCAGCGCGGUACAGCCAUCACAAGUCUCAAGUCAGCCGACGCUGCUGCUGCCUCACAAGGCGAUUCGGGCCAGAAGUUCUAUGGUCUCGACUACAAACCCGACCUGUCUCUCCUGACUGUAGAUGCCAAGAGUCGCUACUUCGCGGCUGCGUUCAAGGAGGAUACCCGAUGCCGCGCCCCUCCGAGAGAGCUCAUCGACCGUGCCGAUGCUAUUGCUCUGCACUUCAUCGAGACGGCUCUGGAGCAAAUUGAUCAGGAAGAUAAGCCGCUGCAAUUCGAUAAUCACUUGGCCCGGUAUGUCAAGUGGAUGCGGCGUGUGCACCUGAAUCGGGAUACGUGGACGCUGGAGUCUAGGGGUCUAAGUCACCUGCGUAUCCAGGAGAUCUUGGAUGAGGCCGAUGGCGAGCCUACGCAGAAACUUACCAAGAAGGUUGGCGAGCAUCUUCACAGCAUCCUUAGAGGAGAAGCAAACGCGCUGCAGGUCAUCUUCGAGGGCAAUCUGGCCAACGAAUUUUACCACUCUGACAUCUUUGCAACGAACAACAGCAAUAUGGGAGCGUAUAUCAACGUCCUAGCCCACGCGAAUCCAAACUUCGUGUGUUGGAAGUCGGAGCUGGAACCGGGAGCUCGACCGGUCGGAUUCUCCCUUACUUGGCUGCACAAGGGGUUGAAAGUGGUCCUCCAGAGGCUCCACAUGACGUUCAAGAAGUUGGAUCUUGAGAAGCAUCCCAACACACAAGGUUUCGCCGAAGGGACUUAUGAUGUCGUCGUUGCAGGCAAUGUGUUGCAUGCCACAAGCGACUUGAUACAAACACUCCGGUAUGUCAGGGGUCUUCUACGGCCUGGUGGUGUGCUUGUACUGGGAGAAACAGUCAACCUGGACAACGUCCGUGAUGGCCUCAUAUUUGGCCUGUUGCCUGGCUGGUGGCUACGCGAGGGACAGUGGUGGUCUACAAAUAAAGAGUACCAAGACCAAGGCCCUCUCCUGACGGAAGAGCAGUGGACCACGGUUCUCAAGGAAGCUGGGUUUCCCGGCAUCCAAAUGGCUUUCCGCGACCAUGAACAGAAGCCACAUCACCGAGUCUCUAUCAUCAUCACUACCCGCCCGGAGAAUGAGAGCCUCUCAAGCCAACCGUCUAGAGUCGAGUCGCCCUAUAGGAUCAUUAUGGACCCUACUUCUGCGAUCCAAACCUCUGUAGCCGAGUCGCUCCGAAGCCACCUUGUCUCAGGCUCUCAGCCUAGGGAGGCAGACAUAUCCAGCAUAGUGGACAUAUCAUCAGGAGACACCAAGUUGACCGGAGACGUCGUAGUCAUCAGCUUGUUAGAGCUCGAUACUUCAGUGUUGUCAUCCGUCGCCGCGAAGGAGUUCGAAGCCAUCAAGAAGAUUUGCCUUGAUACCAGGUUCACGCUUUGGUUGACUUAUGGAGGAGCCCCCAAGGCCACCAAUCCCGCAGCCGAGGUCGCCAUCGGAUUCGGUCGGAGUGUCUGUUCAGAGAGAGGAGACCAAGGCUUCGUAACUUUGAACUUGUCCUCCCGGCCUGAGACCCCUACGGCUGUCACUAGCGCCGUCGACAGUAUCAUGCGUGUUGUUGAGAGAUUGCACAACGUUUCCUGCCCUGGUACCGACAACGAGUCCGAGUUUUCGGAAGACAAUGGCUUGAUCUGCAUCCCUCGCCUUAUGCCUACACCUCAUAUGGAUCAAGCGCUUUCCAUCAAGCAGAGUGGCGGCAGGCUCAAGUCGUUCACAUUCAACGGAGCUGACCCGAAGCCGCACAUCAGUAUCACCAUCGAGACCCCUGGACUUCUUGACACCAUCUUCUACGCAGAGGGUACCGAGGCGGACAACGAGCUUCAGUCAGGUGACAUUGAGAUCGAAGUCAAGGCAACCAGUAUGAACUUCAAGGAUUUCAUGAUUGCUCUGGGGCAGAUUCCCGGGCGAAGCUUUGGAUUUGACGGCGCCGGCAUUGUAUCUAGAGUCUCACGGGAGAGUAACCUUCGCCCGGGCGACUCAGUGUUGUUCUGCAGCUCUACUGGAGGAGGCUUUGGAACAUUUGUGCGCUGCCCUGAACUGCAGACAGAGAAGCUUCCUACGGGCAUGUCUUUCCAAGUGGCUGCAGCAAUCCCGGUGGUAUGGUCCACAGUGGUGUAUUCUCUCGACCACAUUGCAAGACUCAGCCGAGGUGAGACUGUUCUCAUCCACGCAGCAGCUGGAGGCGUUGGACAGGCAGCCGUGCAACUUGCUCAGUUGCGGGGUGCCAAAAUCUUUGCGACUGUGGGAAGCCAGGCGAAGCGUGAGCUUGUCAAGCAGCUGUUUGGACUUUCGGACGACCAAAUCUUCAAUAGCCGCGACGAAACCUUUGCACACGAUGUGUUUCACGCCACGGAAGGUCGAGGUGUGGAUGUGGUGCUCAACUCACUAGGCGGCGAGCUCCUUCGUCAGUCCUGGGAAUGUAUCGCACCCUUUGGCCGCUUCAUCGACAUUGGCAAAGCUGACAUCAUCGCUAACAAUACUCUGCCGAUGGGACCAUUCAAUCGAAAUGUGACGUUCUCUGCAGUUGAUCUAGUCGUGGUUCAUGAAGAGGCAAAGCCUCUCAUGAAGAAGAUCCUGCAGGAUGUCACGAGGCUGUUCAAGGAGAACCCUCACCUACACGAACCCAAGCCGCUUCACGUAUUCUCACCUACAAGGCUCGAGGAUGCAAUGCGCUUCCUCCAGGGCGGUAAGAAUACCGGCAAAGUCAUCGUCGACUACGCUUCCGCGACCGACACAGUGGAGUACCGACCUUCACAGCUUCAGCACGGGUACAACUUCGAGGCGAAUGCCACGUACGUUAUCAGCGGCGGCUUGGGUGGACUUGGUCGUGAGAUCGCCCGGUGGAUGGUCUCGCGCGGGGCUCGGAAUUUGCUUCUCCUCUCCUCUCGCGGUGCCGCAGGACGGCCAGACGCUCUCAAGCUUAUCCGAGAACUCGAGGCCACCGAUGGGGUCACAGUACUCGCGCCGGCAUGUGACAUUGUCGACCGGAAAGUAGUUGAGGAUACCCUCCUGAAGGCAUCGCGAGAGCUUCCACCGAUCAAGGGCUGCAUACAGGCUGCCAUGGUCCUUCGUGACGAUAUGCUUGCCAAGAUGUCUCAUUCGAUGUUCCAUGAGACUCUCGGUCCUAAGCGCGCCGGAUCAUGGAAUCUGCACCAGCUCCUGCCCAACGACAUGGACUUCUUUGUCUUGCUCUCAUCAUUCUGCGGCAUCAUGGGCAAUCGCGGACAGAGCAACUAUGCAGCUGGAAACGCAUUUGAGGAUGCUCUCGCGCGUCAUCGGGUGGCACAGGGCCUCAAGGGCGUCUCGGUCGACUUGGUGCUCGUCGCCGAGGCCGGUUGGGCCAAUGUCAACUAUGAGUCCGUGACGCAGAGCCUCCGCGCCGGUCAUGACAAUCUCACACAGGCACAGCUGAUGGAGUUGCUUGAUCUGCUCUGCGACCCAGGCUACGACUGCGCAAAGCCUGGCGCAGCUCAGGUCGUCAACAUGGUGGACAGCGCGGCGGACCUGGCGCGCAUGACACAACAAGGACUCUUGGAUUGGAUGCAGAAGCCCGUGUUCAGCAAUCUUCUCCGUAUGGGUGAGACCGAGGCUAGCGGCAAUGGUCGUGGGGCUGGUGGAGGCAAUGGCGAUGGAAGCGACGACGUCAAUCGCCUGGCUCUGGUGAAGGCAGCGCCUGACUUGUCGACUGCCAGCGAGAUUGUGACCCAGGGUCUGGUACAAAAGCUGGCCAAAUCGCUGUCUGUGCCUAUUGAGACACUCGACGUUGGGAAACCGGCGUACGUUGUUGGUGUUGACUCCUUGAUUGCGGUUGAGGUUCGGUAUUGGUUCAUGAAGCAGCUGCUUGUCGAGGUGCCCGUGUUCGAGAUUCUCAAGAACCAGAGUAUCACGGAUCUGUGUCAGCAGGUGGCUUCCAAGGUUCUGCAAAGCAGCUCGAAGUAGACUUG